CGCAUCGCAUCGCAUCGCAUCGCAUAUCCCCCAGUUUAUUUUCAACGCAAAUUCCUCCAUACCUACGUACUUCAGUACUCACCCUCUACCUACAUAUCCACCCUCUCUUUCUCUCUAAAACACCACCACCUAGAAAUACACAAUGUCAACAAUAACAACCACACCCUCAGAACGCAAAUCCUCCACCAACCCCCCCAAAACCAUCCACUUCACCUCGCGCACACCAACAUGGACAUAUCUCAAACUCCAAUUAAUAAACAACCCCCCCACCUCCACAACAUCCACACCCCUCGACCCCCUCACAGCCCGAACCUACCUCUCCGCCGCACUCUCCCAAUUCCUCGGAUUAACAGGUACAUCUAUCCCUAUUGAUAUACUCAAGAUAUCGCCACCCUCGCCAUCCACAGUAUGGACGCGCGUGCCGCGCGAUGAUGCGGCGGCUGUUGUGGCGGCGCUGAGUUCGUGGAUUGGAGGGAGUGCGAGUACGACUACGAAUACAUCAGGUGGUGAUGUGGGAGGAGGGGGGAGCGUGGCGUGGAGGGUCUGUGCGAAGGGGAAUUAUCUCGGGGCGUUGGUAAAUGGGGGUGGGGCGGAGGUGUUCAUUCCUUGA